UGUUUCUCGAUUUAUUUUCGUUGAUUUUUUUGAUUUGUGAAUAAAGAGAGAUAGAGAAGCCAUGCGAAUUGCAAAUCAUAAUAAUUUCUUUUUCAAUUCAAUACAAAAUCUAGCCAGAUCUUGUGCUAAACAAAAAGAAUGUCCAAAUAAUGAUGCAAUUAAUUUUUUGUUUAGUUGUUGUCCAUCACUUUCACCACCAUCAUCAGUAUCAACGCCAACAUUAUCGCGAUCGAAUAAACAUCGUAUACAGAUUGAUCAAAAAUCACAAGAUUCAGUCGUUGCUUUGAUUAUCUAUCUGUUGGAAUCAAAUUUUCAACAAAAAUAUUGUAAUUUAAUUGUUGAUUAUUUAUUGGAUUUAUUUGAUAAACUUAUUGAUGUCGAAUGGAUUGAAGUGGUAAAAAUUUAUGAACAAGAUCGUAUACCGAUUGCAGAAAGAUUUAGUUUUUGUUUGAAUACUGCCCUUACUGAUAUUGCAUAUUUUUGCCCAGAAUUAACUGAGAAAAUAAUUGAAAAACAAAUUAAUCAACUGGAGCGGUUAACAAAAUUACUUAUCGGAUUUGAUAAACAUGAUGAUGAUGAACAAGCUUGUAUUGAAUUAUGUGAUCAUUUAUUACCACUUUUACUUGGUUUAUGUCGAUCAUUAGGUCGUUGUCCGGCAACUACCACCAAGAGCCGACGACGACAAUGUGACAAAGAUGAUAGCAACGACGAUGACGAUAAUGUUAUUCAACAAGAAUCAUUAUUUUUGAAAAUAUUUCCACAAAAAUGUCAACCACCAAAAUCGGAUCUAUCACAAGAACCAACAGUUGAUUUUGAUAAUAAUAUCACUAUAAAUGUUCCCGUUGGUGUUUAUUCAUCAUCAUCAUCAUCGGCUACGGCAGCCGCAACCGCAAACACAACCAUCGGUGGACGCAAAAGUAUUCCAAAAAGUGAUACAAAUCAAUCAUUACGUUCGAAAAUUGCUACAUUCGCUGAACAACAUUCGAAUCAUUCGAAUUCGAAUGUUAAAAGUUUAUGGGAAGAUGUUGAUUAUACAAGUAUAUUUUUUCAUAAAUAUGGUUCAAAUUUUGAUUGGUUUAUUAAUGAUAAUUAUUCGGAAUAUUUUCAUCAAGUUGAACAUUUUAAAAUUAAUUUCACACAUGAAUAUUUGCAACGAUUAUUCCAAUGUUUUAAUUCAUUAUUAAAUAAAGAAUUAUUGAAAAAAUUUGAUGAAAUUGCAAUGAAAAUCUAUGAGCGAAAUAAAUCAUCACGAAUACUUUAUUAUAAACAAUUCAAUGAAAUCGUUCAUUUAGCCAUCAUAUCAUUAUUGAAAAGUUUAUUAUUUUUACGACAAGAUUUACAUACAAAAUUUAUUACAGAAAUUGAAGAAUUUAUUAAACAACUUUAUCUAAAUUAUCAAUCCGAAUUGAGUAGUAAAAAUCCAUCAACAUCAACAUCGAUAAAAAUAUUUAAAUUUAACAUUCUGACCAAUGCAUUAUGUUUGGAUCUAUUGGUAUGGACAGCACAAGAUGAAACAACUGCUGAUACACUUUGUUUUCGUAUAUCCGAACGGCUAAAUGCACAACAUGGUCAUCGUUUAGUCAUCACUCAUUUACCAAUAUUUUUAUCAUGUUUGAAUGGUCUUGGUUAUUUGGUUCAAUCAUUUCCAACAACAGCUAUCAGUUGUAUUUCAGUUUUACGUGAUUUUCUUAUUGUACCAUCACCUAUCCUGUUGAAAUUAACUGAACAAAAACAUUUACAAAUUAUUGAUUGUAAUCAAAUGAUUACUAAUGAUUUAUUAUCAAAUGAUUAUCAAGGUAAAUAUUUAAUUCGUACUGGUGGUAUUGUUGGUGGUGGUGAUAAAUUUACAUUAUUUAACAAAUUACGUGAUUGUGCUAUUGAUAAUCUUUGUAUUUGUUUACGACAUGGCCUCAAAUAUGAUUCACAUUGUAUACAGGCAUCCAUAGCAUCAAUAUCGAAUCAUUUAUAUCAGGCAGAAAAAUCUGCUCGUGAAUCGACAAUAAUUUCAAUGAAUACAAUCGUUACAUUGGGUCGUAUGGCAAUAAAAUUAUCCGACAUUCCACGUACAGUGGAAAUUGUAUUUCAAUUUUUUCAACAACGUUUUUGUCAACCAGUAUCAUCAAUUGAUUCAUUAAUUGUUGAACAAUUAAGUGAAAUGGCUAUAGCUAGACAUUGUCGUGAUGUUGUUUAUGAUCAUGCAAUGAAAAUGUUUGCAACCAUUACGAUAAAAUCAAGUUUAGCAUAUAAUAAUAAUGAACAAAUUAAUUAUAGUCAUGUAUCAUUACCUGUUAUUAAUGCUUAUGGUUAUUUUGCACGUCGUUUAAAUCAAGAAUCUGAUCUUAUUGAAUUGCUUGGACGGUUAUUAGAAUUAUUUGUUCAAUUGGGGCUGGAAGGUAAACGUGCAAAUGAAAAAAAUCCAACAACAGUAAAAACAUCAACAAGUGCCGGUAAUCUGGGAAUUUUGAUACCGGUUAUUGCAACAAUUACAAAACGAUUACCAUUUCUGGAGAAUCCAAAACCACGUCUGCAUAAAUUAUUUCGUGAUUUUUGGCUUUAUUGUGUUGUAAUGGGUUUUACAUCCAAUACACAAUUAUGGCCACAAGAUUGGUAUCUAGGUGUUAAAGAAAUUGCAGCCAAAUCACCAUUAUUAAAAUCAUCAUCACAUCUGAGAUCAGAUUUACAUUUGAAUUCAGCAAUAAGAAAUGAUGCUGUUUCUGGAUUGGAAUUACAGGAAAUUCGUAAUCAAAUACUUGGUGAUUUAGAAUAUAAUUCUGAAGUAUCAGCUAUAAUAAAUAAAUUAACAUUUGCACAAUGUAUUUAUCUAUUAUCGAUUUGUCGUUUGGAAGUAUUUCGUAUACAAACAAAUAAUUCAAUUAACCCUUUCUACAUAAUAAUGCAAUAUUUAGAAGAUCAUUCAAUACAAAAAGAUAAAUAUGGUAUUUGGCAAUGUAUCCUAUCAAUAUCGGAUAAAAUUUUUAAAGUUUUCCUUGAAAUGAUGGUAAAAAAACCUAAAAAUAAAUUACGUGAUAAUGAGCUGGAAGAAUAUUCUAUAUUGUUAUUGGUAAAAUUUAAUAAUCGUCAAAAACAAAUUCGACGUGCAGCGGAUCGUUAUCUUAGUGGAUUGGUUGAUCGUUUUCCACAUUUACUUUGGAGUAAACGUGUACUGACAACAAUGUUAAACAUUUUAGAAGUAUUAGGACAUUCAUUAGAAUUAAAUCAUAUGGAAGGUAUUGUUGAACUUCAAGUACCGGAUACAAAUUAUAUAAUACAAUUAGCAGAAACAAUGGAAGCCCGAGAGAAUAUUGUACGUGAUUUUGGUGCCCGUUGUGAAGGUAUUAUACAGGAAGCAGUAAAAUGGGCACCAAACAUAACUCGAUCACAUCUACAAGAAUAUAUGACAAAUUCACGUGCAGCUUUGGAUGAUUUUGGUCAACAUAGUGGUCUUACAUUAGCUGUUCAUUCGAUUGCAAAUUGUUCAGCAGUAAAUGAAAAAAUUACCUUAGCAUCGAUGACAACAUCAACAACAACAACAGUACCAUCCGGAAAAAUACCAUUUUUCGUUCGAAAUAAAUGUUCAGAAUUUCUUUCGACAACAUCAAUUCGUACAUAUUAUUUAGGUGAAAUAUCCGGUAUGAUUAAAUCAUUAUCAUCGAAACAAUCGAAAAAAUUAAUUAUUGAAAAAUUGAUUGAAGAUUUUCAACAAAGUUGUUCAGAAAAUGAUGUUUAUCUACAUGAACAAUGUAUUUAUCGUAUAACAGCAAUGAUAAUUCUUUCACCUGAUUGUGAUCUUCAUCUGUUUCACCUGUUAUGUUGGGCACCUGUUUACCUAUUUUCACAUAAAACAAUUUAUUCAAUAAUAUCAUCAUGGAAAUGGUUAUUAUCAGCACGUUCUGAUCUAGAAUUAAUGUUUACAAAAGAAAUGUCAACAGCAUGGGUUGCAACAUUUGAUAAGAAAAUUGGUUUAUUUGCACCAGAUUCAUUAAACCUGGAUCCAUUAUCAUUAAAUAAUGAUCAAGAUUUAAAACCAGAUACACCAUAUUUAGGUGCACAUGCUGAAUGGGUUAAAUUUUUAAAUGAACGUAUUGAAAUUGCAAAAUAUUCAUCCCUGGAUCAAGUGGAAAUAUUUGUUAAUUUAUUACAUCGUUCAUUACAUAUUAGUGUUGGUCGAAUUUAUUAUUCAACACGUAAUAUAUCAACCAUCGGAACUAGGUUUCGUCUGUUAAAUUGUGGUUUGUCAUUAGUUCAAGGUGAAACACUGUUGAAUUCCGUUAGUAAAUUUGUACUACGUGAACGUAUCUAUUCAGCAGCGAUUGAUUAUUUUUGUGGACCACAAAUAUGUCCAUCACAAAAAUCCACUGAAUUACGUGAUGAUAUUUUAUCAUUGAUAAAAUUUUGGCAAUCAUUACAAGCUGAUCGUAAAUAUUUAAAAUCAGUUCAUUUACCGGAUAUAAUUUCUAUUGAUAAUAUUUCACAAAUUUAUCAACCAAAUCAAAAUCAAUUACAUUUAACAUUGGAUCAACGUAGUUUAUCGAUUGAUACAAAUCUAAAUCAAGCACGUUAUACACCAACUGGUGGUAGUAUUAGUGGUGGUAUAGGUGCUGGUGGUGGUUGGAUAAAUACCGUACCAUUAUCAAGUAAUGUUUCGACAUUAUCAAAACGUUCAUCAGCAUUUAAACAAGGUGGUGGUACAACUGGUGCAGGUGGUGGAACAGGUGGAUCACAAUAUAAAAAUAAAGAUCAAAAUAAUGGUUAUUUGGAUUGUUUUCUUAAAGAUUAUAUCCGUAAACGUAAUCUAGUGUUAAGUUUAUUGGCAAUUGAAAUUGAAUUCCUUAUAUCAUGGUAUAAUCCAUUAAAUUUAACUGAUCUAUCGAUACCAGGUGAAGAAAGUGUAUUGAAAUGGUUUAAUCAACCAAUGAAUGAAAGAAAUUUACGGGAUUUAGUAAGACUAGCAUGGAAUAUUUCACCAUCAUUAGCUGUAUUUUUACCAGCAAGAUUUAAAAAUAAUGAAAUUGUACAGGAAAUUUCACGUUUAGUACAAAUAUAUCCAAUGGCUGUUUGUCAUAUACCUGAAGCAUUAGAUUAUUUAGUUACAAGUGAUAUGAUACUAAAUGAAAGAUUAGAGCUUAAUUAUAUGCUAACAUGGGCACCAAUAACACCGAUAAAAGCAUUAUCAUUUUUUUCAAGAAAAUAUCCUAAUCAUCCAAUAACGGUACAAUUUGCCAUUAGGAAUUUAUUUCAAACCAAACCAGAUGUUAUUAUGUUGUUUAUACCACAAUUAUUACAGGCUGUUCGUUAUGAUGCUAUUGGCUAUAUAACUGAAUUUAUAAAAUCAAUUGCAAAAAUAUCACAAUUAUUAGCACAUCAAUUUAUAUGGAAUAUGCAAACAAAUAUGUUUAAAGAUGAAGAAAGUCAAAUAAGAGAUUUGGAUGUUUAUGAUCAAUAUGAAAUGAUUAUACAAACGAUUGUAAAUUCAUUAUCAGGACCGGCAAAAAAAUUCUAUGAAAAAGAAUUUGAUUUUUUCAGUAAAGUAACGAAUAUUUCCGGUGAAAUACGACCAUAUCCAAAAGGUGAAGAACGAAAAAAUGCUCUGUUACGUUGUUUGUCGAAAAUUGAUGUUCAACUAGGAUGUUAUCUACCAUCAAAACCUGAAGCAUUAGUUAUUGAUAUUGAUCGAUUAACAGGUGUACCAUUGCAAAGUGCAGCUAAAGCACCAUUUUUAGCUAGAUUUAAAAUUAUUUAUUGUGGUCAAGAUCAAUUAGAAACAUUAGCAAUGAGUGAAGAUAAUCAAGAUGAUCAAUAUAUUCGUUCGAUGGGUCCGGAAAUGUGGGAAGCAGCUAUAUUUAAAGUUGGUGAUGAUGUUCGUCAAGAUAUGCUUGCAUUACAGAUUAUUAAAUUGUUUAAAAAUGUAUUCAAAAAAGUUGGUCUGGAUCUUUUCCUUUAUCCAUAUCGGGUUGUUGCCACUGCUCCUGGUUGUGGCGUAAUCGAAUGUGUUCCAAAUGCCAAAUCACGUGAUCAAUUAGGUCGUAAAACUGAUAUAUCACUUUAUGAUUAUUUUCUUACCAUUUAUGGUGAUGAAUCUUCGGGCCGUUUUCAAAAAGCACGUGCAAAUUUUGUUAAAAGUAUGGCUGCAUAUAGUGUUGUUGGUUUCCUGUUGCAAAUAAAAGAUCGUCAUAAUGGUAAUAUUAUGAUUGAUGAAGAUGGUCAUAUUAUUCAUAUUGAUUUUGGUUUUAUGUUCGAAAGUUCACCGGGAGGAAAUCUUGGUUUCGAACCGGAUAUUAAAUUAACCGAUGAAAUGGUACAAGUAAUGGGCGGUAAAAUUGAUGCACCAGCAUUUCAAUGGUUUGAAAUACUUUGUGUUCAAGCAUAUCUUGCAAUACGUCCAUAUCGUGAAUCAAUUAUAACAUUAGUUUCGCUGAUGUUAGAUACUGGUCUACCUUGUUUUCGUGGUCAAACAGUUAAACAACUAACAACAAGAUUUUGCCCAGAAUAUAAUGAUAAAGAUGCUGCAACAUAUAUGUUACAAAUUAUACGUGAUUCAUUUUUGAAUCUUCGUACACGUACAUAUGAUAUGAUACAAUAUUAUCAAAAUCAAAUUCCAUAUUAGAUUUGUGGAUUGGUUAAGGGUUAAGUUGCUAAGUUUGCUCAUUCGCCCAUCAUAUCGAUUGUUUUGUAUAAAAAAAAAUUUCAAUUUUUUCAAAU